AUGCCAACCAGGGAGGGGCCUCAGGAGGGUGGUAGCGUCUGUGCCGCAACCUUGGCGGAGGCGGCGGCCAUUGAUCUGGACUUAGAAAGGACGUUCUCUCACUUGUCCUCAGCGGCAUCUGGCCGAGAGGAAGCUAAGAUACUCCUUAAUCGAUUUGUAGAGGAGCAUCCAGACGUUGGCUACACCCAAGGCAUGAACUACGUUGCCACCUGCCUGGUAUUGCGGCAUACUCGUGGCGGUCAUUGCGCUCGAGAAGUAGCCUACCAGCAGUUCGUAGCCAUCAUGGCUCACCUUUCCGGACUGUGGUCCGACGGUCUACCGCUAUUACAGCCUGCCAUCAGCUGCUACGUCAAAUGCUGUAAGAAGUACCUGCCACGAUUGCACGCGAGGCUGGCCUACCUCCACGUCGAGCCUUUGGCGUAUCUACCUACUGGGUGGCUCUCUCUGUUUUCGAAGUGGCUGCCUAUGGAUUCUAUAUUGCUUGUAUUGGACCUAGUUGCAGGUCACGGCUUGAAUGCUCUCCUAGCGGUCACGCUGUCAAUCUUCCAUCAGUACCAGGACGUGAUAACGCAGAUGCAAUCUAUGCACCAGGUGCUCAACUUCAUCAACAGAGAUAUGCAGCUACAGCCAGUGGAGGCUGAUAAGCUCAUAUCUUCAACGACUAUGGUCUGGCUCCCGCGAGUUCAUAUGACUGUUGGCAAGGAAGUCCAGGCUGCUGUUGAGAACUGUUGCGAGCUUCCUGUUCAGCAGGGGUCCUCACCCAGAGACGAGCUUAUUGACGAUGGUGAAAAUUCUAACAAUGUCGACGAACCAGCAGCAGAGGGGAUCUCUAGCGACCCGCCAGGGCCACGAGAAUCAAACGGCAUGGAUUCCUGUGAAAAGUCACGGUCCCGAAGUGCCCCUUCCGAUGGAACAGGCGGCCCUUGUCGACCUUCCUCGACCAACUCGAAUGAGGUGUGUGAUACUACAGUCCGUCUCGAGUCGUUGAAUACCUCCUCGGACGACAAACCAUGUGAGAUUAAUCCCAGUGAUUCUGCUGAGGAAAUCCAACGACUCAAGAGCCAGCUAGCUGAGAGGGAUGCCACGAUAGAAGCCCUCCGAGCGGAGAUGGAGAAUCUCAGGCAGGAACGAAUGGAUGCGAUCGAGAUGCAGAUGAAAUGCGUUCAUGCCAAGGACGAGCUCCAACGUCAGCUUCUUGGGGAGAUUGCCGACCUCCGGUAUCGUCUCGACAACAGCCUUUAGUUCCGCAAGACGAGACGACACUGUUUGAUUUGCUGCUGUGGAGUUGUGGUAGUCGGUGCUAAUCGAAGAUCCUACGAGAUACUUCCGCAAGUUUGGAAGUAUCCCCGCUGACGAUAAGAUCUGAUAGCAGCAUCCUUGGCGUGAUUAGUUAGGGGGUAUUCAAUGGGCCGAACUGGUCCCUUAGCGAAUCGUCUAGCAAAGCCGUUUUGUCGGCCUUGGACUCCAAGCUCAUACACGUACAAUAACUUUCAGAAGAACUAUAGUUUUCCGAUGGAGAUUUUCGAGGAGCCCUCAGCCCAACAAGCCGUCUACGGGCGAUCAAUGUUUGACUUGACUCUGCGCUGAUCGAGUGCAUGAGGUGAUUUUCUUCUUUUUUUCGGUGAUUUUCUUUGUUAUUAUACAAUUUGCCUCGUUCAUGAUUGCCUUCUUCUUGUCCAAUAGCCUCAGCCAUCAUCAGAAGGGGGGG